AUGGCACCUACAAUCCACCUCGUGCGCCACGCCCAAGGCGUGCACAACCUCAGCGUCGAAAAUGAAUCCAUCCGCGACCCGGACCUCACGACGCUUGGCUCGUCGCAAUGCGCCGACUUGCGCACCGCGUUUCCCUACCACGACCUCGUCACCCGCCUUGUCGCUUCUCCCCUACGCCGGACGCUAGCCACCUGCGUCGCGGCCUUUGGCCACGACUCGCUUUACCCCAUCGUCGCACUGGAUGUCUUGCAGGAGGUUUCUGACUCGCCAUGCGACACGGGUUCUAGCACGCAGCGGCUUCUUGAUGAGUUUGGUGGCCGCGUCGACCUGGCUCGUGUGAGUGACGGAUGGACGGAGAAAGGAGCGGGUAGUGUCUUUGAACCGACCCUCGAGAAAAUAGCUGAGCGUGCACGGGAGUCGAGGACAGCGUUGCGGGCGCUGGCUGGAAGCGGCGAUGAUCAUGUCGUCGUCGUCUCUCACGGUGGCAUGCUCCAUUUCCUCACGGACGACUGGCAGGGCAUUCCGAACGGCCGAGCCACGGGCUGGGACAACUGCGAGUAUCGGUCAUACCAAUUUGCGGACCCAUCAGGGGCCGACGAUGAGGCUGCGCUCGUCGAGACCGAGGAGAGCUGGCGACGGCGCAAACUCAGCACGAAACCGCCAUCUCCUACUGAGCAACGUGAGUUACGAGCAGUCAUGCAGGACCGCGUCGCUCCGUACCUGAAGAUCAAAGCUUGA